AUGUGCAGAAGUGAAGUAGAGAAUGGGAUGCGUAUGUUUGGGUUCGAUGAGGAGAACACUUCCCAGGUUCCUACCCAGGCGCAGUCUCUUGUUGAAGGUUCAAGCACGGUGGUGGUCUCAGAGUACAAGCCAAUCCCCGACCUUGAAUAUUUGCAGGUUCAUUGCCUCGGAAUGUCCUUUAGAAAUUUCUACCUUUGCUUUUCAGAUGUGAGAAAAUGCUGCAUUUUCAUAAAUAUCGAUGCCGAAUUUACAGCUGACUGCUUGAUUACUUAUAAUGCAUCCUUUUUAUAAUUUUUUUUUUUCCUCUAGUAUAAUAAUAGGUGAUCUAAUUUCUCUAAUGGCUAAAUUUGGAUUUAAUUUAUCUAAUAUAUUUUUAGAAUAUUCAUAAUUAUUUAUGGGGUUGGGUUGUACUUGUGUAUUUUUGUUUGUUUAAGCAGGAGUUACUGGCCAUUCAGCAACAGGGGCCCAGAUCGAUUGGAUUCUUUGGGACACGGAACAUGGGUUUCAUGCAUCAGCAACUUAUUGAGAUCUUGAGCUACGCCAUGGUGAUAACUGUAUGACGCUCUCACUUCAUCUCGCCGUCUUUUGAUCUUUUUGUCGCUUGUUUUCUGCCUCAGCAACGCAUCAUCCCUCACAGUGUGCCCCAUAUUUUUCUUCAGAAAAAUCAUAUUUAUACUUCGGGGGCCUCAGGAACGAAUGCAGCUGUUAUCAGAGGUGCUCUACGGGCUGAGAAACCGGAGCUUCUCACCGUAAUUUUGCCUCAGAGCUUGAAGAUGCAAUCACCUGAGAGCCAAGAGCUGCUCUCAAAGGUAAGAUUAGCUUCGUCAGUUUAGCAGGUCCCAUGGUGAAACUUUGCCUGGAACUUGGUUUUCCAAGAAAUAGUCGAUUAUUAUGUGGAUGUGAAGCUUGGGAUAAGGAUCCUAUCAUCACCUCUAUUUUUCUCUUUUUUCUCUAAAAUUUUAGUCGAAACGAGUGGUGGAUUUCUUGAUAUUUCUCAUCUUGGAUCUUGGAAGGGUAUCUGAACCUGUAUGAAAGUUUAUUGCUGAAAUAGAUACUCUUUUUUUUUUUUUUUCAUUUGCAGCCCAUCACAUUUUCUGCCCGAAGCGUGUUUGUAUGUAAAGGCUCAAUUUUUUAAUCCCAUUUAGUGUUGAUCUUUUUUAUUCUAAUAUAUCCGCUAAAAAUGUAAAUUUCAAACGUUAAUAGAAGCAUAUAAUCCUAACAUAACAUUUGUCAUUAUAAGCAUUUAUUGAAGGAUGUAAACCUGAAAUGCCUGCCGUUCUGCUGCCCUUUCUUCUCUCAUUUUGUUUGGCCUAGCAUAUCUUCUAUUUUAAGUAUUUCAGAAACAACUGGCAUUUAUCUUUGGAUUUUUAUCACUUAUUUUUUUUUUUUUUUAUGUACACAACGAGAUCAUUAAUAUCCUACGAGAUUCAGCUUCAUCUUACUUCGACCAUUCUAUAAAAAAGCCAGAAAAAAUCCAACGAAAUUAUAAAUUAUUCCUAAAUUGGAUAAUCUGUCUUGUCAGAAAAUUGCGAUUUUUGAACCUUAAUAGGCCCUCACUCGGAGUCUUUUUGUUAUUUUUUUUUUCUAUUGAUGAAUGGCAUACUAUCUUUUAUAUUACUUGAUGUCCAGCUUCAUCUUGUUUCCACCAUUUAAUGAAAUCCCGUUCGGACCAAGAUUUUUUUUUUUAACUCAAAUUAGAAGUUAUGGAGACCAUGAAUAUCUCCCUUUGACUCAGUUAAGAUCCUUCCAUUUUCUCAGGUCAAAAAUCUGGUGGAGAAGCCCCAGAACGACCAUCUGCCAUUGAUCGAAGCCAGCAGGUUUAUUCAUAUGCAUUUCAGUUUCAUCAAUGCUUUGACCCAUCCCUUGUGGGCAGCACGCUGACGGGGUUGGUGGUGAACAACAGGUUGUGCAACAUGGACAUCAUCUCGCACGUGCAGCAGGUGAUCUGCUUCGCAUUCCAUGACAGCAGGCUCCUAAUGGAAACGUGCCAGGAAGCGAAGAACCUGAGGAAGAUCGUCACCCUCUUCUACCUGGACUGA